AUGUGGAAGGCUGCAGGGGAAGGAGACACGGACAGAGUGAAGCAGCUGUUAGCGGAGGGAGUCAACCCUAAUGCUGCUGGUGGCUCUUUGCAAAGAACUCCUCUGCACCAGGCAGCCAAGAAUGGUCACCAUGAAACUGUAUCAGUUUUACUGACUGCUGGUGCAGAUGUCAAGGCACGGGACAAGUGGCAAGAGUCUCCCCUUCACUGGGCAGCCUGGAGUGGUCACCAUGAAACUGUAUCAGUUUUACUGACAGCUGGUGCAGAUGUGAACGCACGGGACAAUGGGCAAGACUCUCCCCUGCACUGGGCAGCCAAUAAUGGUCACCAUGAAAUUGUAUCAGUUUUACUGGCAUCUGGUGCAGAUGUGAACGCACGGAACAAGUGGGAAGACACACCCCUCCAUAACGCAGCUACACGGGGCCGCCCCAAGUGUGCGGAAAUACUGCUGCAGCACGGGGCUGAUGCCGGUCUCAGGAACGAGGUCAGUCAAUUCUUCGGCUUCUUUGGUAAAUAA